CCCUGCGCAUUGUAGAACUCACCACCAUCAUAUUACGGGCCCGCGUAUCAUAUCUGCUACCGGCGCAUCUUUAGAGUACGCCGCCGAAUUGCUGAUCCUAAAUGUCCGAUGAAAACCCAAAACCCUGAGCCCUGCUUAAGUCUUCCGCUGAUCUGUCUGCAUUUUUCCAGAAAGAACUUGUUGGCUUUUUGAAGUUACAUACAUUGGUAUUCUCAAUUUUCCCGCCGAUCAAUCUGCUCAAGUAAUGCUACUGUUCUUCCCAUCCAUUAAAAAAGAAAGAAGGAAAAUUCGAGAACUCGUUGAAGUUACAUGGGGAGAUGGGGUCAAUUCGGUGAGGGUAUCACAAGGGUUGUUGAGGAGUUGGUUUUCAACAGCCUCGAUGCUGGUGCCACCAAGGUAUCUGUUGCUAUAGGCAUUGGGACCUGCUUUGUGAAGGUGGAUGACAAUGGAUGUGGUGUUUCGCGAGAUGGACCGGUGCUGAUGGGAGAAAAAUAUGAUAUUCUUUUUGCAAAAUGUUGGACUGCCAUCAACUUUUCUAUUGUAUUGAUGUUGCUGUACAUAAUUUCUUUUGCCUGACAACUAUGAUUUUCAUAACUUGGACUGAUUGUUGUAGUGACAGUUUGUGUUCAUUAGUUGUUGGUUUUUCCGCAGAUGUUCUUUUAUGCAUUGUUUUGUGGUUUUACUUGUAAUUGGGCAAAACUUGUACGGCUAUA